AUGAAAAGCAAGCGUGCGAACAAAAUAGUGGCGGGGACUGGAAAUCUGGUAGAUCCCGUGCUGCGCUCUCCCACUGCGACUGUCCACCUCACCUACGAUCCUAACUCACCGCCACCUCAUCCGGGUCCCACUCACACACGCUUCGUCUGCAUAUCAGACACGCAUUCACAUGUAUACCCUGUCCCGCACGGCGAUGUGCUUCUACAUUCUGGUGACCUAUGCAUGCGCGGGCAGCUUAAGCACUUGCAGACGACGGUGGAUUGGCUGAAGGGCCUGCCGCAUCCCGCAAAGAUUCUGAUUGCAGGAAACCAUGAUCUCUGCUUAGACAAUGACUGGCGAGAAGGUGGGACGCUGGCGAGAGUGCUCGGCAAUGGGAUACGCGCACAGGAUGUAGAUGCAGCACAAACCCUCAUGCGGAGCGAAGAGCUGCGCGAGACGGGCAUCCGCUAUCUAGAAUACGAACCCAUACAAAUAACCACAGCCUCCGGAAGAACGUGGAACAUAUAUGGUUCACCUGCAACGCCCCGAUACUCAAUCGGAUCGUUCCAGUACGAGUAUGGACAAGGCGCAGAAGUCUGCUCUCGCAUACCGCCCGAGACCGAGGUCCUGCUGACGCAUACGCCACCCCACGGGACGCUCAACGCAACGCGGAGGGGAAAGGCCGCGGGCUGCAAGGAGCUUACCGCUCGGCUGGAAAGUAGAGAGCUUGGGCGCUGCCGGCUGCAUGUCUUUGGACACAUCCACGAGUCGCACGGAGCGGUCAUUCGCCGGGGAAAUGGCGAUGGGACGGUGGACAGGGUCAGCGUGAAUGCAGCACUGGCGUAUGGCGGCCAGGCCGUCAUUGUAGAUCUUGAGAAUUAG